AAAUAUUGACAUCCAUUUUAUUUUCGGCUAGAGAAAAUAAAAAACUCAGACCAACUUAGAUCUAGAUCUAGACAUUCUAGAUCAAAGAGUCUAAGUCUAGAAUCUAGAUUUAGAAUCUAUGACUAGGCCUAAAGUUUAUUCAGGCAAAAAGAGUCGUCUUAAUAAAUAUCAAGCUGACAAACUUUAAAAUGGACGAGAAACGGUCCUCAGGAAGGGCAAAAAGACAAGCCAAAGUUUUGGAUGAAGACUUCUGGGACUGUAGUGUGUGUACUUAUAAAAACUCUCCAGAGGCCUACAAAUGUGAAAUGUGUGAUGUCAGAAAGGGGACUUCAACAAGAAAGCCAAGGAUCAAUCCUCAGCUUGUAGCUCUACAGAAAGCACAACAGUUUGCGCCCCCACCCAAAAAAGAGAAAUCUCACUCAUCCAAGAAAGAUAAAAGUGGGGACAAUAGUGCAGACUCUAAUCGCAUUCCCAGAUUGAAAAACAUUGACAGAAGUCGGCCGUCCCAUUUGUCAGUAACUGUGGGCAAUGUAACUGUUGUCGUGACAGAUUAUCAACCCAAACUGGACCCUCGUCCUUCUGACAGUCAUAUAAGCUCUGAUGCCAGUGACACCAACUCUGUCACUGCCCCUGAUCUCACAGAUGACUCUUCCAGAGAUACUGGUGCCACGUAAUAAUUUUUUAAAUUGCAACAAAAAAAAACACAAAUUGAUUUAUAUAUUGUUCACAUUGUGAAAGAAACUGGUCCAUUUCUCAUACUGUGGAACAAGUUGUAUAUAGCUUGUACAGUGGAGAAAGUUAUUUGUGCAUUUCUGUUAUGCAAUGUGAUUUCCCAAGUAUACUUGCUGUUGAAUCAAUUCAUUGUAUAUAUAUUUUCAGCACUAAGGAUGUAAUUUCUUGUGUGACAGGCCAGUUUGUUUGUUUUCUGUAGUCAUAGAGGUAGAUUUAGUUCAUGUGUCACCUAGAAAAAAAAUGGUUUAACAGAAAAUAUGAUGGUCAUUGCAAUGCUGCAAAGUCUACUUCUUUUCUUUUUUUUUUAAACUAAAAGCAAAUUAUAAUUUUUAAAAGUUGUUUUAAUGAUGAAGUAAACUAUCUUGGCUUGUAUCAAACACAAUUAUUAACUAAAAGUUUUCCUAAUGUUACCAUUUUUUUUUUAAAAUAAGGGCCACACUUCUAUUGAUACUUUUAUUAUUUCGAUUUUUUGUGUGUGUGUCUAAAGCAAAAAUAAAAAUUGAAGCUAAUUAUUCAUAAUUAUAGCGACUUAAGAGGUUUUUGCCCAAGGAUUUUUUCUGAUCGUCCAGUCAAGCUGUUUGCAAAAUUGGAAAGGAGGGUGAUGGUGUGUGAACAGAUAAGCCAAUUUGUUAUUGUCAUAAAAGUAUCAAGUAGUUUAGUGGAGGGGAGAUGAUGUGUGAACAGAUAAGCCAAUUUGUUAUCUUCAUAAAAGUAUCAAGUAAUUUAGUGGAGGGGAGAUGGUGUGUGAACAGAUAAGCCAAUUUGUUAUCUUCAUAAAUGUAUUGAGUAGUUUUACAUUUUGUCUUAUUGCUAGGAGAAACAUUUGAGUUAACUAUGUGAAGAUAGUCAUUAAUUUGCAUACAAUUGUCUAAGUUUAUGCUAAUUAAGGCACAUAGGACUUGAAAUAAUUGUCUGUAGACUUAACCCCAUUAUUCCUCUUCUGCAUCCUGCAAAUCUUAAAGCUAUGAUGUCUUAGUCAUCUUUCUAUACACUAGUAGAACUAUACAAUGGCUUGUUCUACAAUAGAUCAAUUCUUUGAGACCGUAACCUUGAUCCGCUUUGCAUUAACUUGUCAUUCUGGUAAACCCAGUUGAUUGCAUAGAUUCAUGUUUUUUGUUAGAAUUAAGAUAAAUGGCAUUUUUAGGUAGCACAGAACACGGACAAUAACUUUACAGUCUCCAAAUGUUGAAUAGUCUUUAUACACUUUAUAAUUGAAGGCAGCAAAAGUUGUUUUUUUUCUAAGGGAGGCAACGUUGACUAAAACCAUUGUUGGGGUGAAUGUUAGUUUUGGAGUUGAAUGUUGGGACUACAAUAAGCAGAUUGAGUUGUACAAUUGUUUCACUUUGGAAUUUUCUUUGUACUUUUUGAGUUGAUUGUCAAGCAUUUUUUUUUAAUAUAUAUUCUGUAUUCAUAUAUUCAUUUCAUUGUGCUCGAUUUGUAACCUGAUUUUUCAUUGUAUUGAUGAAUAGCUUGAUUCAUUUGAUUUAACUUGAUGUUUCAUUAUAUACUUUGACACAUAUUGUAUAUAUUUUUAGAAUAGUAAUUUUUAAUGUAUAUGUUAAUUUUGUAAAUGUAGGUAUUUGCGCUGAUAGAAGCUUGAUAACAUUGUCUUUCUAUUACAAUUCUUUGUCCUUUUGCAUGUACUAGGGAGUGAUGUAAGGAAUUGGUUUGUUCACAUGAUGAUUGUUAGCAGAAUCACUCAAUUCUUUAUACUAGUGUGUCAAUGUGGCAUCAUUUACAUUCUCCACAACUUCAAAACUGAAUGGUUCUUUUUCUUUGGUGCUUCUUGCUAUGUUAUAUGGCAUUUUCUUUUCUACAGAUUUUUUUUAUCUUAAUGUAUCACCAUUUUUUAAUUUUUUUUUUUGUUAGCUUCUGGAUCUUUUAGUUCUAUGCAUGCUGUUAAUGGUGUAUAAGAUAUUUCUUGCUUUGUUGACUGAUAGUCUUUCUGUAAAAAUUUUGUUUCUUUUUUUUCUGUACUUUCAGUUCAUUGUGUAGAUUUUGUUUUUCUCUUUGUGUGUUUGCAUAUAUCCUCAAUCUCAUAUUCUCUUAUCUACUUGUUGAUAAUCAAUGACUAGUGAUGAGUUCACUCCGGCUUCAUUGACAAGCUUUUUUCUGGAUUUGCUAGUUUUGACUUAGUUAAUCUGUGAUGAUGCUGUUAGUCAUUUAAUCUGUAUCAGGUUUGACUUGGCAAAUGUUGACUAUGAGAAGGUUAUGUGCUGUAUAGGUGUAAAGAGUUAAUGUCACUUGUAAUUGUUUGCUUUGUUAUCAUCAUUGUCUGAGUGUGUUAUCUGAGUUUUUCUUUUCUACCAGUCAUACAUUCAGCUGUUUUUCUUUUUCUCAGUACUUUGCAAAUAUCUUAAGAGAAAAGAAAAAUUCAAUCCUUAGCUGUAUAGCUCUCAUUUUUAAGAUUCUGUGAGACUUUAGACAGUGUUGAUUGUAUGAUGAAUUCAUGACAGUAUCUCUUUGUUUGACUUCAAAUUAUUUCUAUGUGUAUUUUUCAAGCAAGCUGUUUCAGCUGGUUUGCUUGGCCACACAGCUUUACUAGAACUCCAUUAACUAAAUCAAGAAGUUUCUGGUCAACCCUGCUUACUCUGCAUCCACUUCUACCAAUGAUUACAGAGUUCAGGGUAUACAUCUUUUAUAUUAUAUUAUAUUUUAGCUUGCUCACUGCAUUUGUGAAUGUUGGGAAAAAUUGUUUAACUCAUGUCAGGAGACAUAACAGUGAAGAUUUUCUUGUAAGAUUUAAAAACAAGCCAGCAAAGGUUCAUGAAAGAGACAAUGCAAUUGCAAGUGUUCUUUUAUACCUACCAAUUUUUUGUCAUUUUACUAUCAUUUUGUAAAACUAGUUUGAGAAUGAACCCCCCCCCAGAAAUUGAUCUGAAAUCUAUGCAUGUCAAUCAAAUCAAAAUUACAAUGAAUUGUUUUUAGGACGUGCACACUAGGUUUUAAUAAUAAUAUCUGUGUAGGAAUGAAUACGAGAUUUAGAAACAUUUGAAGAAGUUUACUCAAAAAAACCCAGUACCAGUAUCUAGUGCUUUGAUUUGUAGUAUGCAUUGAUCAUGUAUAAGAUAUACAUGCCUAUAUUUAGUUAGUGUACAGAAAUGUUCUUGAUAUUGAAAUUAUUUAGCAACAUUUAUUUGUCAUUGGAAAAAUUACCAUAUAUCAAAUGCUAUUAUUAAACUUUGUUUUGUAUUCAUGUAUUUGAAUUGUAUUAUUAAAGUUCAAUUUAGGACUUAGGUCAAUAAUAGUAAUAGUGUUAACCAUACAUUAGUAGUUAGUGGCAGUUUGAUCAGGAGACAAGAGGAAAAGUUAUUGAAGGACUGGUGGUUUGGAGGGUCACUGUCCAAUUCAGUUUUUGAUUAGCAGUGUUAGGUUAAGACCUAUUAAGAAUGUGUCUUUGGUGCAUUAGCUGUGAAUGAACAAUGUAAUGUGUCUCAUAUUCAUGUCAAUCUCCUUUGUAAAUAUUGUACAUAAAUAUUCAUUGAAUGAUUCACACUCUGAGCAUCAAUGGUGCUGAGAAAUGGUGGAAUAGGUCCUAGCCCUAACUCCUCAUGUAAGAGAUGAAUUAACUCUUUCCCAUUAUAGAUUCAUUUUAGUUUAUUGUCAGAUUUAUUUGUAUUAUUAGUCUUCCUGCUUUAUUUGGUCUUGAGUUUUUUUUAAUGUAAUCUUUUUGUAAAGUGACUGAAUGAAUUUGACACUAGCUAAAUGUUUUGUAGAUUGGACAUAAUGAUGUUUAGUUUAGUAAACUGACCUAUAUUUGUGUCUAAAUAAAAGAAGAUUAUUGAAAACAGUUCUGACCUAUAUAAUUUCAUGUCCUCCUCCUGUCAUAAAAGGCUGCAGAUUUCCUUAUAAGUUACACAAUCGUUGUUCCUUAUAGGAAGUACGUUGGCUUCUAAAAAUGUAUGCAUAGUCUUUGUGCUUCAUUGGAACACCUGUGUUGCACUUUCCAGAGAAAGCCUCUGGCCAUAAGUGACCUUUUCUUAACAGUGCUGUGAUGUGCACCAUACUGUCAUUGAAUGUUCUAGUCAUUGAAGUAAUGACAGUUUUUCAAAUCAUUUCCUUGUCCUAGUUUUAGAUUGAUCAUGACACUGACUGAGGUGUUCACAUUGAUUCAGUCGAACUAUGUAUUAGAUGUGUCACUGUAUUACUGCUACUCUACAGCCAUUGUGGGGAGAUAAACUAAGAUCUUAACUUCAUUGACUUCUAGUGCAAUAGAAAAUCUGAGGUCAUUUUCAUUAAUAGCAUUUUUACUCUCACUAUUAUUUGGUCAAGACAAGCAAUGCAUACACAGGCUGGCUUCAGUUUCACAGUUUGAGCUUUAAAAACACAUCAUACAUUCAAAAUAUGUCUUAAUAGAACAACUAUAACUGUAUCCAAAAAAUAUGUAAGAAUAUUGACAUUUUUUUAUUUUUUUUUUUAUUUAGAAGUGUUUCUGUGAUGACUCUCUAGGUUUUAGGGCUAAGAUCAUGUCAGAAUAAGGCAGUAUAGUUAGUAAACCAUGUCACAUAAUAUAUGUUAUAAAUGCUUCAUAAUUAAGUAGAGUUUUAAGUGAUACGCAAGUUAAUGUAGUUGCACCAACUCCCAAAAAUUUCUGUAUACAAUGUUUUUCUUUGAAGUUAAUUUUUUAUUCGAAUCUUAACUCUGUCCAAACAAUUAUUGGAUGUAGAAAUGUGGAAGUCACGUGAAGCUAUCACUUGGCAUGAAAAAUGUGUUGUAAAGUAGAAUAAAUUAAGGACAUUGAAAAUUGUAAUUGAUUGUUAAUUAUGUAUGUCAUUUUCCGGGGAAAAGUUUUUUUUCUCACACCCAUGAAAGUUAAUUGGUAAACAUAGGUUGAAUUGAAAGAUGUAUAUCAACUUCAAGUAUGAAUAAUGGGAUCUAUUGAAUGCUUAUGUUAUUGCUGAAUUGUAACUAUUAAGAAUGAAAUAAAUAUGUUCAUAUAUACUUUC